AGAUGUAUGUAUGUAUGAGUAUGUGUAAAAAUCAAAACAAACGGAAACUUUGUCAAAUAAGGUUAUGCUGCACAUUGCUUACUAAUUUGAAUGAAAUUGCAGAAGAGAUUCUAAAUUAUGGCUCAAACGUUUGUCCGGAAUUUCGACUUAGAAUCCAUUAAGAAAACAUUACAAAUGCAACAAAAAUCGGUAGGUGACGUUAGCUGUGUAAUUUGGGAUGCUGCUAUAGUGUUGUCAAAAUAUUUAGAAAUUCUCUGCAGUAACAAUCAAGAAUAUCUAAAGAACAAACAAGUAAUUGAACUUGGAGCUGGUUUAGGAUGUGCAGGGCUAGUUGCUUCAUGUUUUGGAGCUCACGUAACGAUGACCGACUUGCCCGAAGUGUUGGAAAACCUUACAAACAACAUAGAGUACAAUAAGCCGAUCUGGGAGUCCUGUGGUGGGAGCGCACAAGCAAAGCCGCUCAAGUGGGGUUCAUCAGACAUUGACACAUUCUCACCACCUGAUGUGUUAAUAGCUACAGACUGUGUAUAUUACAAAGAGUCAGUGGAACCGCUUGUACAAACUAUGGUAGCUCUGUCAUCGGACAAGACAGAAGUUAUUGUUUGUCAAGAAGAACGAGAUACAGACCAGCAGCAGCAUGCUUGGAAAUUGUUCACAGAACUGUUUACCAAACAUUUUCAGUAUAUCAAAGUGCCUUUGAGGGACCAACAUUCAUUAUAUUCUACAGAUGAAAUAGUAAUCCUUAGGGGCAAGAAAAAGUCUCAACUUUGAUUCAUAACCUGUAAUGAAAUGUACAAAGACACAUUUUUAUAUUUAAGGAGAAUAUUGUGAAGAAUUAUCUGUCAAACAGAAUUUAGUGUUUAAAAUCAAAGCAAUAACAGUUAAAAUACUUUGUUUUAUGAAUAUUUUUCAGUUAAACAUUAUCGACUGUGAAGCUGCCUAUUUACAAGGUUUAUCCGGAAAGUAAGUACUGUUUUUAAUAAGGACAACUUAUUUUAAUACAUGGCAGACAAUACAUUAGACUACACAGUUUCCAUCAUUUUUCAGUCACUUGCAGUGCAUGACCUUUCUUAAAGAAAUAUCCUGCUUGUAAAACAGCCAUAUGAACUCUGAUUUGUAUGUUGUCAUCACACUCAAAGCCAUUAUCACUUAGUUCACAUCUCAUGUUUAAGAAAAAGUGAUAUUCAGCUGUGCCAAGGUGACUCCUGGAAUCAGGAGUCCACAGCCAUCUGAAGGGAUUAAAAAACAAUAUCUGCGAUGAAAACGUUAACAACAAACUCUUUGCGGAGGAUAAAAUGUAGCUAAAUUCAACAUUUACAUGAAAUAAACUCUUUCAACCAUAGCAACAUGUGUUAUGUCUAAGUAGUAUGUUCAAAUCUCAUGGAAAACACUUCUCAAAACUUGUGGAAUUUGUCAUUGUGAAUCAUUGUCUUUUUUAUUUUCUCAUUAAUUCUAUUAACCAAGUCACAAUUUCACUAUAGAAGGCCUCCCAUUUCAUGUUUUAUCUUGGAAUUAUAUCCGUCUUCCAUUGAACUGCCUAACCCAUUUUGCACCACUUGUUCACUCUUUGCACCUUCACCAUAAAUCUCUCUAAUUUGACAAUGGAUUUCGGCAGCCUUGACAUUACGUGCAUUCAAAAACCAAAUCUAACAUUCAGCAGAAUCAUCAGUUGUUUUAAACGAUUACAGUAAAUAUGAAACACAAGGUUAAUCAACCACAUUGGCAUCAUGUGCGGAUUGGAGACAGAGCAAACGGUACUUAUUAUCCAGUUGCACUUGUGACUUACAGUUUUAUUUUUAAAGUUGUCAGUGAUUUAUUUUUUGUAAAGGUUUUAUAUGUAUACGUAUUUUAAUUUUAGAAAUUACAUUAUUAAAACUA